CGUCCCAUAUACUAUCUUUGACCUUUCAAUGGCAAUGGUACUUCAUAAUUCAUUCCUAUAGAGCCGACGCCCCUGCAGAACAAACAUCAGAAAACGUGAAAUGCACAACAUUUUCGUUGUCGUCGGCAAUUCUUACGGAAAUCUUCUUGCCCAAGUUUUAGUAUUUGCGAGACGACGAACUUUGUUCCUGGCGCGGAGGGAGUCGAUCUCACGAUCUGUGAUCUGAAUUCUUGGGAGAAAAUUGAAGUACAAUUUAAUUCAACUUGCGGCAGCUGAAAUUUAUUUGAAUUGAAUUGAUAGCAGCCGUAAUUGUCUUUGGAGAGUUUUACUCUGCAAAAUGGUUGUUCAGAAGCUCGUGGUUGAACACAACGGAAACGAGCACUCCGUAGAUUACGACACGGAAUUAGGCCUAGAGGUGCUGAGAUACCAACUCUAUUCUCUCACACUCGUUUCUCCUGACAAGCAGAAGAUUUUAGGAGAUAGAAAUCUUCCCAUUGAAAACGAUGAAGAUCUUCUGCACAUAUCUUCUGGAGAUGUAGACAGAUUGAGAUUGGUGGAGGAAAUAGAAUCUGUAACUUCAUCCGCCAAGCCUUCACUGGAAGAGAUUGCUGCAAUGGAAAAAGCUGACGAGGAACUGGCACGAUUGUUACAGGCUGAAGAAGAUGCUCUACUCAUCCAGCAACAAUAUGCUGGUCAAGGUAAAGAAGAAUUUAAGAGAAGGGUUGAACCAUAUAUAAAACAAGUUCUACUGUAUGAAGAUCCCGUUCGACUGGAUGCAGCACAGAAAUCAGUUCGCAUUGAUGAGCUCGAAGAAAAAGCCCUCAUUGCCUUGGCCAAGGGAGGGAACUUUAAGCCAGAUAAAGCUGAGCAAGAUCAUGCUUUGCUUCUACAGUUGUUGUUCUGGUUCAAACAAUCUUUCAGCUGGGUCAAUCAACCCCCAUGUUUUAGAUGUGGAUACGAAACUACUAGCAUUGGUAUGGGUAGUGCUACAGCUGAGGAGCUUCGAUUUGGAGCGAAUAGGGUUGAAUUAUACAGGUGCAAGAAGUGUGCAGUGAUCACUCGCUUUCCUCGCUACAAUGAUCCACUGAAGCUUGUGGAAACUAGGAGAGGCCGCUGUGGAGAAUGGGCUAAUUGUUUUACAUUGUAUUGUAGAGCACUUGGGUAUCAAGCUCGCCUAGUUUUGGAUUUCACUGAUCAUGUGUGGACAGAAUGUUUCUCAAAUCAUCUUGGACGGUGGAUGCAUUUGGACCCUUGUGAAUCUGUGUAUGACAAUCCAUUGCUUUAUGAAGAAGGGUGGAAAAAACAAUUAACCUAUGUAAUUGCACUUUCAAAAGAUGGAGUAUAUGAUGUGACAAAGCGGUACACAAGGAAAUGGCAUGAGAUUCUCUCUCGACGUUUCAUCACUUCAGAAGCUAAUGUGCAAGAAGUAGUUAGCAGUUUGACAAGGGAAGCUCGAAGACAUCUCUCUCCACUUGAUCGGACUUUACUGGAAAACCGUGAUAAGCAAGAGUUACAAGAAAUUGAAAAAUCUCAAUACAGUCAUGAAGAGCUUUCAGGUUCACUCCCAGGACGACAAAGUGGAUCUAAGGAAUGGCGGAUUGCUAGAGCUGAGUUUGGUGCUGAUAAUGACAUGUCAUCCAAGAGUCUUCCUUGCCCCAUCCGUACAUGUAUAGAUGAUCAUGUGGGGAGGAUCUAUAAGUCCUUUGGCUUAAUUUUACAUAAGUUCAUUGAUAAUGAAUCAAUGUCCAGAGUUGUGGAUGAGAUGAAGGCUGUGCAGAUGCUUAUAUCUAAUCUUAAAGAAACGCCAUUCAGGAUUCGUAAGAUGAUGGUUGAUAUCAAAUAUAACAGCUUGGAUUUAUCUAAACUCGUACAAAGUAAUUCAUAUCAAUACCUACUUCAGGCUCUCAGCCUUAAGAGUUGUUCAGAUCAGAAUGGAAAGAUGUAUGUUUGUUUGGCUCAGGAACCAGUCAAGACCUCUCUUGCUCUGCCUGUGGCCUGUGAAAUUCUUGAUGGAAUUGUAAAAAAUGCAGACCUCAUAAAAGACCUCACACAUAAUGAAACUGUUAAACUGUUUAUUAAUUGCAGGAGAAUAUGUAGUGGCUCUGUCCAAGCAAGUGGAGAGCAACUCCCACUUGGAAUAGCUACUUCAGCUUUCGAUGGCCUUCCUUCAACUAAAUGGGAAGAACCAGAUGGAGCAAAAGGAUCUUGGAUAAUAUAUAAACUACCAAAUGGCUUAAUACAAAAUCUAGCUGCAUAUGAAUUCACUUCAGCUAAUGAUGCUCAAGAGCGCGAUCCAAAGGACUGGGUGCUAGAAGGAAGUAGUGAUGGGCAUCAAACUUGGGACAUUCUUGACGAGAGGAAGUCUCAGAUUUUUGAGAAGCGAUUCAUGCGUAAAACCUUUCUGAUUGCUCCAGAAAAGAAGAUGUUCAAUACUUUGAGGUUCAGGUUUUUAUCAGUGCAAAAUCCUAAUGUAACAACUCGACUACAAAUUGCAUGCAUUGAUCUAUAUGCCAAAGAAGACAAGCCCUUGACUAAAGAUUCUUUGGAGUGACUCUAUCUAUAAAUUAUAAGAAAAAGAUGGUGCAGUUAUAUUUCAAUCUAGUAAAAAUUGAAUAAUAUAUACAAAAAUUCUUGCUCAGAAUUGAACAUUCCAAUACAAGGAAAAUUCAUGUUAGAAUAGUUAUCAUGUUUUAAACUUUAUCCAAUUUGAAAAUUGUCAUUUGAAUUCAGAAGCCGGAGACAGUGCAACACAGUCAAGUAAGGCUUAAGGAUCCUUUUCAUAAACCCUGCCGAAUUGGAUAGAUGGAAUGUAUUUAAAGUUGAAUUUUCGUUAGAUAUUAGGUUUUAUAUUUACUAUCAAUUCAGCAAGUAGAACUAGAAAUUUUCAUCAUUUUACUGCUGUUGUGAUGUUGCCUUGCAGCAUUUAUCUGCAUUAGCAUUUGGAGCGAACUUAUUCUUCAAAUACAAUUGCGACAGCAAUACAUAAAUUAUCUUUGUAGUUCCUAUAGAAAGCUUCCAAUGGAUUUCUUUGAGGAACUCAAUAUUGGCAGUUGUAGACCUGUCUGAAGUAACGUUAUGAGUUGGUCUUUAUUUUGAACAUUGUUUAGCCUUAAGAAUUUAAUUUCUUGAGAUUAAAUCUAUCAGAUUACUGAUUUAAAUUUUCAA